UCUCAGUGCAGCAUCAAACGAGAGCAGGAAUACACCGGGAGAGAGAGAGACUAAUAGUCACUGAAUUAACACAAAUGCUUACACUCUGUAGCCUAUAGUUAAAACAGAAUAAACAUUACACUACAUAGACCGAGACUUCUGAUCAGGAUCCUGCGUCAGGACAGGAGAAAAUGGGGUCGGCAGAGUCACAACCAGAACAAGAUCCAAUAUCUCUAUAUGAAGAGAGGAAGAGAGAACUGGAAAGAAGAGAGGAAGAAAUGGAUAGAAGAGAGAGAGAACUGAAAAUAGAAAUGGAUAGAAGAGCGAAAGAACUGGAUAGAAGAAAGGAAGAAAUGGAUAGAAGAGAGAGAGAACUGAAAAUAGAAAUGGAUAGAAAAGAGAAAGAACUGGAAGAAAUUUUUUUUAUAAGAAAGGAAGAAAUGAUGAAAAGAGAGAGAGAACUGGAUGAAAGAAAGGAAGAACUGGACAUUAGAGAGAAAAAAAUGGGUGAUCGUGAAGUAGGUCAUAAAUUGCCAGCGUCAGCAGAAGACGAACCGGGCACAAGCUCAGACGAAUCAAAGAAGAUGCCGACUGAAGAACUGAAACCUGUGCGUCGUAACAGCUUAAUAUUACAGCCCCCUAACAUGUCUGAAAGUGUGGACAAACCUUCAUCUUCUCCCUGAACAGACUAUGAUUACACUGGAGCAUGUUGAAGGAUUUUACACUUUUCCAGUGAAGGUUGAGUACAAAUGAUCAAUUGAUUAAUCAGUUGAUAUAUAUGAUGUGAUAUAUAUAACUUUAUUGUUAGACAAAGACAGAUUUUUUUUUCUUGCAUGAUAGUAUGUUCAUUCACAAUUACUACCACAGGAAUCACCAGAUCUUUAUAAACUCUUAUAACUAAAUACAACGUUUCUCAACUUAGUGGAGUUUAGAUUUUCCAUAUUCA